AUUAUUAUUAUUAUUAUUAUUAUUAUUAUUAUUAUCCAUCAUGUCCGCUCCUCAAGAACCUUCCGGCGAUGCCAAUCCUCCAGCUGCCAUUAGCUCCAACCCAGAGUCUACAGCCCUACCGGCGGAGCAACCAACCCCUGCUGCAGGCGAUCAGGGACAGCAGUCGACAACCCGGCAAGCGUCCGUAGAGGACCAGAUCGCCAAAGAAUUCCCAUUGUCCUCGGCCGACGGGGUCAUUAAGAAACCAUUUGGCCGUCCUCUAGACGAUGCGCGACCAACCCCGCCACCACAGCUGACGUCGGAUCAACAGUCGAAGUAUGAAACAGUCCUGAAGACGGUCUCGAGCUGGACAACGGUCCCGACAACGACGGCCAAAAAUGCGCCCACUGAGCAGAUUACUGAGGAUGAACGCAUGUUCCUCACCAGAGAAUGUCUGCUGCGCUACCUGCGAGCGUGCAAGUGGAACGUCAAUGAUGCAACUGCCCGUCUUCGCUCAACUCUCGCCUGGCGACGCGAAUACGGAAUCGAGAAGCUGACGGCGGAUUAUAUUUCACCUGAGAACGAAACUGGAAAACAAGUCAUUCUUGGAUAUGACAUCAAUGGGCGACCAUGUCUCUACCUCGUGCCAUCCAGACAGAACACCGAAAAGAGCGAUCGCCAAAUUCAGCAUCUGGUCUUCAUGCUCGAGCGCGUGAUCGACCUCAUGCCCCCAGGCCAGGAGAGCCUGGCGUUGAUGGUUGACUUCAAGGAGACAAAGUCUGGGCAGAAUGCGACGAUCGGGCAGAGCAAGCAGACGAUUUCUAUUCUCCAGAACCAUUACCCGGAGAGACUUGGUCGGGCAUUGGUUACGAAUGUCCCGUUCAUGAUCUGGGGCUUCUUCAAAGUCAUCUCCCCUUUCCUCGAUCCCGUCACGAGAGAAAAACUCAAGUUCAACGAAGACCUACGUCGUCAUGUUCCACCAACCCAGCUUCUAAAGUCCGUUGGUGGCGAGGUCGAAUUCGAAUAUGAUCACUCCAUCUACUGGCCCGCGCUGAACAAGCUCGUGGAGCUGCGUCAAACAGCAUAUCGCGAACGCUGGGUUAAGGGUGGUAAGCUGGUCGGCGAGCACGAAGACUAUCUCAAGGGUGGUGCAGGCAAGAGUCUGGCUGAGACGCAAGGCACCUCGACAUCGCAAUGACCUUUGACAGUCUAGCAACUUUCAUUUUUGUUCCAUUCGGAUAUCCACUUUCAUAUUUUGAUAUAGACUUCACACACUAGCGACGGUUGAUUUUCGUUUUGUUGUUCGGAAAAAGACAGUUUAGAAUCCUGUGAUCUAUGCAUAUUCCAUCUUACUUUCUUCUAUACGCGGGUGUCUUCGACUAUUUGGAAAAUUGACUUAUAUACAAGGGAGAUCGGUUUGCACGCAACUAAGAAUAGAGACUAGAUAUAAUUACCGCUACUGCAUAGUAUACGGUAUUAUGCUUAGAAAGAGAAAAUAUCUAUUAAUCAACCACGGUUAUAG